CUCCCCUACGUCAACAUGCAAUCCACUUUUCAAGAUUCCACAAUUUUAUCUUAUCUCGGCCUUUCUCAGGACUAUGAGCCUCUUCCGAGCGUUGGUUCUGUCGAGUUCUUGAAAAGACAUAUACACCAGCUACCUCCCCACAUCACACAGCGGUUCUCGUUGGUUACAACGCCAAAACAGCGAACUGCAAUUACUGAGAUACGCAAUCGAAGAUUGAAAUAUACAGAAUCAAGACCAGACUCUCUCAGCUUCACGGCUGCCCGAAAUGCAUGGCCGGCAUUGUGGCAAGGCCGAGAGCGAAGAGGGGAAGAAGAAGGGAAGGAGGAACAAGAAUGGGCGAAAAUGAAUUUCCUAGGUGGUGCAGAACAACAAGUGGGCAAGCUGGGCAAGCUUCUCGGUGAAUUUGAGGAGGAACGGGAAGCGGAGCGAGUACGAUUUAUUCGGAGAACGCAGGCCAAUGACGACUUCGUCCCUGAGGAGGAGAGUGACAGUGAAGAAGAAGACGAAGUUGCUGAAACUCAAGAGGUGGAAGAGUCUGAAUCCCCAGAAGAGGCGAAGUCGUUGUUUGAAAGACGCAUAAGGGAGCGGUUCAUAUAUGGUUUGCUAGAGGGAGCGGACUAUGAUUCAGUUGAUUGGGAUGAAGAGCUCGAUGUAGAUGAUGAUAGAAAUGCAGAAGAGCGGUGGUUUGACGAUGAUUGA